AUGAACAAAAUAAAUACAAAAUUAUUAUUCGCUUAUAUUUUAUUCGCUUUUGUUAUACUUUCUUUACAUGCAAUAACAGUAAAUUCAUAUCCUGUCGGGGCGUGUGACAUAGAAAAUUGCGAAGAUGAAAUAGCAGACGAACUUGACGAUGAAGAGUUGGAUCCAUGGUAUCAUCCAAUCGAUAAUGAUUUGGAACAAUCAAUAUUCAAUAUCGUAAGCUUUGACCUUUCUUUUCUUUAUACUUUGGUAAAUGAAAUAAAUGAUCUUGAUGCCGAUUAA